AUGAAAUUCAAAGGUUGUGAAGUGAUGGCUACUUACAUUUCUAGCGAUUGUUGCAAACGAGCUGGUGGCAGCGGUUCGAUUUCCCAUGCUGACCUCUCAAUUAACAUGCUAAUAUUACUCCAAGCCUUUUCUUUGAACUACUUUAUCGACGAGGACACAAUGACCGUUGAGGAUACGAAAUCUACGCUCAAAAUUUAUGAAGACAAGAAGUCUAGCAGUGGAAACGUUGUGAAGCGUCAUUUCUGCAUGAGCUGCGGGAGCCCCGUUUUUACAACGACCCCCAAGGCUUUGGGAAAGGCGUUUUUGAAAGCGAGCCUGUUUGACCAGGUCUCUCCUCCGUCGACUGAAGUGUUUGCAAACAAGCAGCAUAAGUGGGUUGACCUGGGGCCAACUGAGAAGAAUGCUUAA